AUGGCGAGACAGGUCCAGAACCACUCCGACUACUCGGACGACGAGUACGGAGCCGAGGACGCCUUCUUCACCUACCGACCCCUCUCCAACCUUCCGACCCCGCCACCUUCUUCCAGAAAUUCUUCCGCCCACCAGAGCCCGAAAACGGCAUUGGAAGACGGAGAGGUGCUGCACGAGAAAUUCCUUGGCCCCGCCAUCCACCUCGUCAACCUCGUUCCCACGUCAGCUUCCCUCACGACCCCCUCGGUGCCCCUCGUGCAGGCCAUGCUGAGCCGGUCCGGCCUGCCGCUCGAGACCAUUGCCCUGGCCAUUCGCCCUGAGCUGGCGCCUGCAGUGCCCCCUGCUCGUCGAGGGCGCCCUCCCCUCCAACAAACGCCAUACCUUCGGCCACAGCCCCUCCUCGACCGCCGGCGCCAGCAGCAGCUGCACAUCGACUCGGUCCAGCCCGAGGUCAUCAUCCUCGCCGCGCUCGUCAUCGCCGCCAAGUUCACCGACGACUGCCACGACUCGACGCAGUACUACUGCGCCAACUGGGGCAAGGACAUUUGGUCGUGCGAGCAGGUCAACGUGACGGAGCGCUGCAUCUGCGAGAACCUCAACUACCGCAUCAAGCCCCUGGUCGACGACGAUGACCUGCUCGCCGACACCAUGGUCGACAUGCAGCUGGCCGCCCGCCACUACGACUCGUCCAGCCCCAUGGGACACAGCAAGAGCAAGAGCAUGACCAUUGGUACCGCCGUCGUCGGCCUGGGCCUGCAGCUCACGCCCCUCGACACGCCCAAGUCCGAGCCCGACUCUUUUGGCGAUGAUGUGCGCACGGCCCUCGAGAAGACGUCCUUUGCCGGCGACUACAUGUCCCUGGCCUUCCCCGGCAACAGCGUGGUCCUGCCUCCUGUUGGCGAGGAGCUUGACGUCCAGUGA